AUGCUUUGGCGCAGGCUUAUUCUAGUGUCCCUUGAUUGGACACGACCAAAAGAUCCUCCACUUUCCCUAGGUCAUGCCUCUAUCCUCGCCAAUCUGGUGAAAAAGGGCGUAAACGUUUCGUCACUGGAAUACAGCGUCAAUUCUCCGUCCUACAGCUGGACACAAGUCGUCGGAGAUAUUGAGAAAACUCUGAAGUCUUUCGGGAGAAGCUUGCCGCACACCGAUAUUGGUAUCGGCGCUUUUAUUUGGAAUGAAAUAUCAGUGCAAAAUAUAACUGAAUCUCUAAAGCAACUUGGCUUCCCAGGUCGUGUGAUUGUCGGAGGACCACAAGUGUCGUAUUCUCCUCCGGGGAUUGAGCGCGAAUAUCCUUUUGCUGACGUCUUUAUCAGAGGCUAUGCUGAAGAUGCAAUGUUCACGUUGAUGACGUCAGAAAGAAACAAACCAAUCAAAGGUGUCCAUUAUAGAGGCGAUCCUGAUUUAGGGUGGCGAAGUCAAGUGGACUUAAACAAAUUGGCCUCUCCUUAUCUUUCUGGUUUGAUCAAACCACAACCGUUCAUUCGAUGGGAGACCCAACGAGGUUGUCCAUUCAUGUGUUCAUUCUGCCAGCAUCGAGAAAGUGGCGAUCAUUUGAAAAGGAGAAAUUUAUUGCCCGAGAGAGUAGUGGAUGAAAUUGAUUUUUUCUGUGAGAAUAAUGUUAACGACUUAGCAGUUCUCGAUCCCACGUUCAAUUCUGGACCGUUUUAUCUGGAUGUUUUAAGACGUUUUGUACGCAAUAAAUAUCCUGGGAAAAUCUCGUUGCAAUCUAGAUUUGAAAUGGUCAAGCCACAGUACCUGGACUUGUGUGAACAGUUAAAUGAGACCGGCUUGGUGCAGCUGGAAUUUGGACUGCAGACAGUUCACAGCAACGAAGCUAAAGCCGUGCGUCGAGGCAAUCCAUUGAAGCGAAUUAAAAGUUCCAUAGAUGAUAUAAAUUCUCGGAAUUUGUUGUACGAGGUGUCGAUAAUCUUUGGGCUGCCUAACCAGACCCUUGAUUCUUUUAAAGAAACUGUGCAGUUUUGUUUGGAUCAUAACGUUCCGGUUAUUAAAGCUUUUCCAUUGAUGCUCCUAAGAGGGACCGAACUCGAGGAGCGAAAAGAAGAAUGGGCGCUAAUCGAGAGUCCUGUCUCGGCGGGGGAUUUGAUCGAGAGAGUUCAAGAGGGUAUACCUCACGUUGUGGCGAGUAAUUCAUUUACUUUUGAAGAUUGGUGUCGCAUGGCCGAAAUUGCAAAUAAUUUGGUGAAAAGCGAGGGUAGUCAUCCUGCUAAUGUCAAUGACUUACUGGGAAACCAAGACACUUGCUUGACUGGAUGA